CUGAAUCUCAGCUCAGGCGACCAAUCCACAGACGAAAGCCUGUCCGGGCGGGCGGGGCUCGACGGACCACACGGCUCGCCUUCUUCUUUUCCCAGGCAAGUUACCAGGCUGAUCAUCACAUCUCACUCAUCUCCUUGCGUCACGAUGGCAGCAUUGCGUGGCUGCGUCGCCUCUUCGUCGAGGUCGGCCAUCAGCACCUCGAACAUGCUGCGCUCUGCCACCACUUCCUCAGCCCGAGCUACGACCUCUUCUUCUUCCUCCUCCGCAAAGCGGCUUGCCCGCUUCUCUACCUCUUCACCACCGAGGCAGGCAGCCGCUCAGGCGCAGCGUAGCUCCUCAUCAUCAGACGCUACGCCGUCAUCCCCGUCAGAUUCGUCAGCUGCACCUCCACUCUCAUCUACUGGCUCUAACCCAGCUCUGAGCCCCUACGACACGACCGAAGAGAUGCAACAAUGGUACCGCCGACAAUACCCCGCUUCUCUUGCACUCCCCGACGACGUCCUCCUUCAAACAUUCACGCAUGAGUCAUACGACCAAGGCAUGGGGAAGUCAGGCCAUAAUAGACGGCUGGCCUUCUUGGGACGAAGAGCAAUGUAUCUCUACCUUUCCCUUUUCCUGCACUCGCAGAUGGCACAGGCUGCUGCGACAUCCUCCUCCUCUUCAGCAUCAUCAGCAUCGGCCGCGGCUUCCUCCUUCCUGUCCUCCACCGACCAACUUGAGAAACUUCUCCAGACCUCUCGCCUAGGUGACUCGGUGGGUCGCUCAUUGAAGCUCGAGCAGGUAAUGCGCUGGCGCCCAGCCGUCUCGGACGGUCAAGCAGGCCCCAAAGAGAUCGGCCUCUUCAAGAUCCGUGGGACGACCGUAGAGGCACUGAUCGGCGCCAUCUACCACCAGCAUGGGGCUGCUGCCGCUCAAGCCUUCUUCGGCUCCAAAGUCUUGCCGGAGCUCGGGACCUGGGGGGAAAAGCAUGGGUCAUUGAGUGCAGCAAUCGACCAAGAGGCGAGGAGAGGAGGGGAAUUCCUCGAGGCAAUGAGCGCACAAGGGGCUGGGGACGCUGUGCCGGAGAGCGAAGUGCAGGCGGCGGCUACGGCGGAUGCGCAGGCCGCUGAGUCGCAUGAUGGUAGCAGGGCAUUCGAUGGUGCAGGAGCAGCCGCGGCGAGGGGCUUUUCGACUCGUAGUAGCAGCAGCAGCAACAGCGCCGCUGGUGCGAUGAGGAGGACAGCGGGUGCGAAAGCAGGCAAUGUAGUCUUUGAGGAGGGUUCGGGCGAGGCAGCUACAUCGGCUCGAGCUGCAGAGGGCAGAGCAUGAGCUUGAAGGAGGGUACGAAAGAACGAUCAAGUCAGCGGUGCGCAUCAAUUCUCAUUCGCAUAGCAUAUACGUU